CAUGCAGAAGAGCUACCCUGGGAACCAGGAAAAAUAUUAGGAGGAGAAGCUGAAGGACACUGUGAAAUGCUGUGCAGCUAUUACUUCCUGUUCCUGGUUUGUCUUUGAGUGUUGAAUUCAAGAAGAAUAUCUGGAUGCAAUAGUGACAACCAUUGCUUUUGUCACCCUGGAUCUUUCUGUGUUGCACUGAGCAUAUUCCUGGAGGAAGGGAAGCUGGAAUGGCCGUGCUCCCUGCUCUGUGAGCCUGCUGCACUGCAGCAUGCCAUCCUUCAUCUGUCUCUAUCUGUGCUCAAAGUCCCUCUUAGGAUUUGGAGAACAAUCAACCAUGACGACCGAAUCUGGCUCAGACUCAGAAUCCAAGCCCGAGCAGGAGGCCGAGCCCCAGGAGGCAGCGGGUCCGCAGGGUCCUGAGAGGGCACAGCCGGGACCAGAGGAGCAGCGCCAGGCCUUGGAGCAGUUCUCAGCCGCUGCAGCUCACAGCACCCCCGUGAGGAAGGAGGUCACUGACAGGGAACGGGAAUUUGCUGCCGGGGCUGCAAAACAGCUCGAAUAUCAGCAACUGGAAGACGAUAAACUCUCUCAGAAAUCAUAUAGCAGUAAACUCUCUCGAUCUCCACUAAAGAUUGUCAAAAAGCCAAAAAGCAUGCAGUGCAAAGUGAUCCUUCUAGACGGCUCAGAGUACACCUGUGAUGUGGAGAAACGCUCCAGAGGCCAAGUGCUGUUUGAUAAAGUAUGUGAACAUCUGAACUUGCUAGAAAAAGACUACUUUGGGCUUACGUAUCGAGAUACUGAAAACCAGAAGAAUUGGUUGGACCCUGCUAAGGAAAUUAAAAAACAGAUUCGAAAUGGUGCUUGGCAGUUUUCAUUUAAUGUGAAAUUUUACCCACCAGACCCCGCCCAGCUAUCUGAAGAUAUCACCAGGUACUACCUCUGCUUACAACUGCGAGAUGACAUCGUGUCCGGGAGGCUGCCCUGCUCCUUUGUCACCCUUGCCCUGUUGGGCUCCUACACUGUCCAGUCAGAACUUGGAGACUAUGACCCUGAUGAAUGUGGAAAUGAUUACAUUAGUGAGUUCCGCUUUGCACCCAAUCACACUAAAGAACUGGAAGAUAAAGUGAUCGAGCUGCACAAGAGUCACAGAGGAAUGACGCCAGCAGAAGCCGAGAUGCAUUUCUUGGAAAAUGCCAAAAAAUUAUCCAUGUAUGGGGUAGAUUUACAUCAUGCCAAGGAUUCUGAAGGAGUAGAAAUUAUGUUAGGCGUUUGUGCGAGUGGUCUGUUGAUAUAUCGAGACCGGCUGCGGAUAAAUAGAUUUGCCUGGCCCAAGGUUCUAAAAAUCUCAUACAAACGGAACAACUUCUACAUUAAGAUCCGCCCGGGUGAGUUUGAACAAUUUGAAAGUACCAUUGGGUUUAAACUGCCAAACCAUCGAGCUGCCAAGCGUUUAUGGAAAGUGUGUGUUGAGCACCAUACAUUUUUCAGAUUGUUGUUACCAGAAGCACCUCCAAAGAAAUUCCUUACCUUGGGCUCCAAGUUCCGUUAUAGCGGCAGAACGCAAGCCCAAACCAGAAGAGCCAGCGCACUGAUAGAUCGUCCAGCCCCUUACUUUGAACGCUCCUCCAGCAAACGUUACACCAUGUCUCGCAGCUUGGAUGGAGCAUCAGUGAAUGAAAACCAUGAAAUAUACAUGAAGGAUUCUGUGUCUGCUGCAGAGGUUGGUACUGGCCAGUACGCCACAACAAAGGGCAUCUCUCAGACCAACUUGAUCACCACUGUGACUCCGGAGAAAAAGGCCGAGGAGGAGCGUGAUGAGGAAGAGGACAGACGGAAAAAGGCCGAGGAAGCCACUGCUGCCGCGGCAGUACGGCCCGAGGGAAAGUCACCUGGGCUUGGCACUGACUCAUGUUCCCUGUCCCCCCCAUCAGCCCACUGUCCCCCUGCAUCUCCCACAGAGCUCCGUAGGAGGUGUAAGGAGAAUGACCGCCCACCUCCGGGUUGCAAACCUUCUAAAGACACCGUGCCUGUGCACGGAGAGCCCUCCGUGGACUCUGACAGCAAAGGGAAGCCGUACCUAGCGGACCAGGAUGUGGCUUUUAGCUACAAACAGCAAACUGGCAAAGGGGCCACCCUGUUCUCCUUCUCCUUGCAGCUCCCGGGGUCAUUCCCUUCUCUUCUAGAUGACGACGGGUACCUCUCUUUUCCCAACCUGUCCGAAACCAACCUCCUCCCCCAGAGCUUGCAGCAUUACCUCCCGAUUCGCUCACCCUCCCUCGUGCCCUGUUUCCUCUUCAUCUUUUUCUUCCUGCUCUCAGCCUCCUUCUCAGUGCCAUAUGCCCUCACUCUCUCCUUCCCUCUGGCUCUGUGCCUCUGCUACCUGGAGCCCAAGGCGGCCUCCUUGAGUGCCUCACUAGACAAUGACCCGAGUGACAGUUCAGAGGAAGAGACGGACAGUGAGCGCACGGACACCGCGGCCGAUGGGGAAACCACUGCCACUGAGUCGGACCAGGAGGAAGAUGCAGAGCUCAAGGCACAGAAUAGUCUGAUUAAGCGAAUAAAGGGUGAAAAUGUGUAUGUCAAACAUAGUAAUCUUAUGUUAGAGGAGCUAGAUAAAACUCAAGAUGACCUGAUGAAACAUCAGACCAAUAUUAGUGAGCUGAAAAGAACCUUUUUAGAAACCUCCACAGACACUGCCAUCAUGAAUGAAUGGGAAAAAAGGCUUUCUACCUCCCCAGUGCGCCUAGCCGCCAGGCAGGAAGAUGCACCCAUGAUAGAACCACUUGUCCCUGAAGAGACCAAAGAAGAAAGAGAGAUUUCUGAAAAGGUUAUAUUUUUGCAGCAGGGAAGCUCUUCAUUCCUUGAGUCUCAGCCAAGUGUGAUAAAGAGAAUGCGGGAAGGAGACUCUGCGGUUACCUCUCAGCAAAUCAUUUUCCAGAAAACGGUCCCAUCGACCCUAGAGGGCACAGAGGAUUGGGUUUUUGUAGACAAAAUACCUACUGAGGUAGUUGAUGGCGAUUUGAAAAAGAUUGUGACUUACAAGGUGGUGACCAUGAGCAGUAGAACUGGUGACAUCCCCGCCGACAUGUUACGCUCUAGUACCAUUGAAAUGCAGAGCUUCGACGACUUGGCCCAGGAAAUACAAUUGAAAGAAGAAAGCAAACAGAAGAUAUAUGCUCUAGGAAAGUCCUAUGAUACCGUAUCCGGAAAAAUCGUGACUAUGACGGAGAAAGCUAAGGAGGGAGAUAAGGGAGUGCAGCCCUCGGGUCUUGAAGUGUUUCAGAAAAUGGAGCCAAGGAAGGUCACCCCCGUCAUGACAGAGUACGAGGUUCUGGAAGCCAUCGCUGAUGAGAAGUCCAAGCGAGGACCCGAGGGCCACACUCCGAAGCGGAGGUUGUCGGAGUCCCUGGCUCCCAUCAAGGAGGCCGAGUCCCGGCGGCAGAGUCCCGAGGAAGAAGACCCCAGGAAGGCUCAGGUGCUGGGCGGGGAUGCUCUGCGCGUGGGCCUGGAGAGCGUGCGGUGGAGCCAAGCUGAGCACGCCCAGGAGGGGGAGGCCUUGAAAGUGGGGCUCUUUGGACCCCGAAGGAAGAGCCUGUCCGAGUGGAGGUACUCCCAGGAGCCGGCCUUCAGCGUCACCACUGCCCAUUACCUUACCGAGUCGGCUGCCUCCCGAGUCGUGACUAAGCAGUCUUCUGGUGAAAAGCUCAUGGAUGGCUCUGAAAUCUUCAGUUUAUUAGAGUCUGCGAGAAAGCCGACAGAAUUCAUAGGAGGGGUUACCUCCUCUUCUCAGAGCUGGGUUCAGAAAACAGAAACCAAGACAGAGUCCAGCGAAACCGAGACCGAAACAACCCAGCCCCCCCAGCCACUUAGCAUGGAGAAGGUUGUUCAGGAAACGGUGGUGGUGGAGGAAAGACGUGUGAUGAAUGUGCAUGCAAGUGGGGAUGCUUCUUACGCGGCUGGAGAUGACGCAGAUGCUGCAGCACAGGCAGCAUCUGCUGGUGCUUCUAGCGUUAAAGGGAAGGAGGGCUCUGCUCUGACAGAGGGAGCUAAAGAGGAGAAAGGGGAGGUUGCCGAUAAAGCUGUCCUGGAACAGGAAGAAAUGGCCACUGCUUCCCAUGAGCCAGAGGAGGAGCAGAGUGCCACAAUCCACGUUUCUGAAACUCUGGAACAAAAACCUCAUUUUGAGUCAUCCACUGUGAAGACAGAAACCAUCAGUUUUGGCAGUGUGUCGCCAGGAGGAGCAAAGCUUGAAAUUUCUACCAAGGAACUGCCAGUCGUUCACACCGAAACCAAAACCAUAACAUACGAAUCCUCAGAGGUUGAUCCUAGUGCUGAUUUGGAGCCCGGCGUGCUAAUGAGUGCACAGACGAUCACAUCUGAAACCACCUGUUCCACGACCACCACCCACAUCACCAAAACUGUGAAAGGAGGCAUUUCAGAGACGAGAAUUGAAAAGCGAAUAGUCAUCACGGGCGAUGCAGACAUCGACCAUGACCAGGCGCUGGCUCAGGCAAUUAAAGAGGCCAAAGAGCAGCACCCUGACAUGUCAGUAACCAAAGUAGUGGUCCAUAAAGAGACAGAGAUCACACCGGAAGAUGGAGAGGAUUGACCCCAGGAAUAACUUAGCCUGCACAGGAAUCCAGUCAUGCAAACCAUUAGGAAAACCAGAGCCUAUAUGGAGUUCUUUCUUCUAACCCCACUGACUUGUAUCUGCCCGUGGAAACUUUCAAUCCAGAAGAACAAACCUUGACCGUUAAUUAAAGACACUGGCAGAGAGAUCUUCCCAUAAUAAAGCAAUCCGAAUCAGCAGCACUAAACUGAUAUUGCAUGAAGCAACGAUAAAAUUACAAAAGAGCAGCAUUUUUAAUUUUCACAAAGUGUCUAAGUUUUCAGCUAUACCUGCACGUUCAUAACCAACAAUAUAAACCGUGAUCUCAUGUAACACAUAACCAAUCCAUGCCUUUUAUAGUUUAUUAUCAUUAAAGUCUAAACACAAUUGCAGUUUCCUAGGUGACAGAUCGUUUGUUUACAGAUAAAUGAAGAUUACCCUAAAACGCUAGAAGCUGUCUAGGUCCGUUGUGUCAGGUUUAUCCCAGAUUAGAUGUGCCAAUAACCGAGUCCACUCAGUAAACACUUGAAUCUUG